AAAGUCAAAAGGAUUUAGUCAAAUAAGCCAGUUUGACCCACAAUCACCCAAAUAAAAAGGAAUCAGACCCAGAUGCCUCUGGACUUUUUAAAAUAAAAAUAAAAGUGGUACCAAUGCAAUCAUAAGAAAAAGAUUUACAUUUAUUUAUCUAUUUUAUUUGGAGCGUUCCCAAAAGAGUUUAUGGAAAUGGCACGUUUUGAUUGUCUGUUGACACCAGAGCCCUCGAUAUACUCAGUGCUUUGGUUGACGCGAAAAACUUUCGAAUAAAACAAAAGAAGAAGAAUUCGUGACAAAUAGAAAUAGACGUUGUGUACCACGUGAUCAAACACGGAAGUAGCGUCUAUAAAACAUAAGAAGACAGAAGACAACGGGACUUUCUUGCUGUUUAAUUUUUAGACAUUUGUUUUAAUUCAUCAGAACAUUUUGACGUCGUUAUUUAUUAUUAUUAUUUAAGCCAAAACCGAGAGUGGUGGCAAUGACUCAGGCUGAAAAGGAGCAGGACAACGGGAAAGAGAAGGAAAAGGAGCGAGAAAAGGAGAAAGAGAAGGAGCAGCAGCGCGGGGUGAAAAGACCCAUAACUCCUGCAGCAAUACCUGAGCCUCUCCAGGAGCAAAUACAGAGCAGUUUUGUUGUUGUCAUUCACCCUGGUUCAAGAACUCUCCGCAUUGGUCGAGCGACAGACACUCUUCCGGUUACGGUCCCUCAUGUAGUCGCACGCAGACAUAAACAAAGUGGGCAGCCCAGAUAUGAAGAUGCUUGGCUGUUGAGAGAGGGUCUGAAUCAGAAACCAGAGAGUAAUGAGCAGAGACAGAAUGGGCUUAAAAUGGUCGAUCAGGCCAUCUGGUCAAAGAAGAUGUCAAACGGUGUGCGAAGAACUCCUGUGUCUGCUGAACAGGCCAGAGCCUAUAACUGUCAGAUUCGUCCAGCAGUACUUGACAGCAGCUCCAGGGUAAAGUGGACAAAUACAGGUCACCAUCCUCCUUAUCUGGUGGGAGAGGAGGCUCUUUAUGUAAAUCCAUCAGACUGUUACAACAUCCACUGGCCUGUUGUCAGAGGUCAGCUUAAUGUACAUUCAGGUCCUGGAGGCUCACUGACUGCAGUCUUGGCUGAUCUUGAGACCAUCUGGAGUCAUGUCAUUCAGAAGCAUCUGGAUAUCCCCUUGAAAGAUUUAAAGUAUUACAGAUGCAUCCUGUUGGUCCCGGACAUCUAUAACAGAAACCACAUCAAGGAAGUUGUCAACAUGUUGCUGCUUAAUAUGGGCUUCUCAGCAAUCAUUGCACACCAGGAGUCAGUGUGUGCUACAUUUGGCAGCGGGUUAAGCAGCGCUUGCGUAGUGGACGUAGGUGACCAGAAGACGAGUAUCUGCUGUGUGGAGGAUGGAGUAUCCCAUCGGAACUCUAGGUUAUGUUUGGCUUAUGGUGGUUCAGAUGUGACCCGAACGUUUUUCUGGCUGCUGCAGAGGGCAGGAUUUCCCUACAGAGACUGUCAGCUGCCCAACAGACUGGAUUGUCAGCUUUUACAGCAUCUGAAAGAGACUUUCUGCCAUCUUGAUCAAGACAUAUCAGGGUUACAAGAUCAUGAAUUUCAGACACGUUUCCCAGAAGCCCCAGCCAUUUUGUACCAGAUUCGACUUGGAGAUGAAAAAUUACAGGCACCCAUGGGUCUUUUUUACCCAGCCACAUUUGGCAUCGUAGGUCAGAAAAUGACUUUACUUCAGUAUCGUUCCCAAGGUGACUCAGAGGAUCCUCAUGAUGAACACUACCUGAUGGCCACGCAGAGCAAACAGGACCAGUCUUCCAAAUCUUCUGCAGACCGUAAGGCUGUUUCCAGAACAGGUGGGGGUUUGGAUGGUGAGAUGAGCAGUCAGGUUGGAGUUGGUGAGAUGUCAGACCUGCCCAGGGGCAGUGGGAGUAGCAGCGGAGGAGGAGGGAUGCAAGGGGAAAUGGAGCUGGGGCCUGCCCAGGCGGAAUGUCUCAUUGGUACAGGAGAAAUGGAGGAUUCCCUGACUCACCUUUCCAGGAAGACUGCUAUCAUGAGCCAGUUUGAGAGCAAAGCGUUGGGCCUGGACAAAGCAAUCCUGCAUAGCAUCGACUGCUGUGCAUCAGAUGAAACCAAACGUAAGAUGUACAGCUCCAUCCUGGUUGUGGGUGGAGGGCUCAUGUUUCACGGUGUUCAAGAAUUUCUUCUUCAUCGCAUCAUCAACAAGAUGCCACCGUCCUUUAGAAGGCUGGUUGACAAUGUGGAGGUCAUAACGCGGCCGAAGGACAUGGACCCCCAGCUGAUAUCGUGGAAAGGGGGAGCAGUGCUGGCGUGUCUUGACACCACACAGGAAAUGUGGAUCCACCAUGGGGAGUGGCAGCGCUUUGGUGUCCGGAUGCUCAGAGAAAGAGCUGCUUUUGUCUGGUGAAAAUGUUCACCAUAUACUUGAAUCUGGGACUCACAUGGUGACGUGAGAUGGGCUGAGAGAAAAAAAAUGAAAACUCUUUACACUGAUAACCUUAGAUGUCAUUUUUACAAUUUGUAAAGCAUUAUUGCGUGAGGAAAAGUGUGUUGGUUGCUUGUAUUAUAAAUAUGAUCAACAUGUAAUAAGAAUUUCUGUGGUUCUGUAAAUAGCACUGUAUGUGCUUUUAAAAAUUUUACAGUCUGAAACCAUAAAUAAACCCAUCAAUCUUAGAUAAACAGUUGGAUUUGGUAGAAAAAAAAACUCAUUUAUUGUUGACAUGUAGGUUUUAAUUGAAUACUUUAUCUAGUGUGAGCCAGAUAAGACAUAUCUGAAGAAUAUAUUUACAUUAGUUUUCAAGACGUCAAUUUUCCAACCCCUGAGAAUUAAAAUUUCUUAAUAUGAUUGAUGCUAAAGAAAAGAUAUGCAAUACCUGUAUCUACCUGCUCUACAUAGAGGCAAGCUGUAUCAUUACAAAGUGUUUAAAUAAUGAAAUGAGCCAAACUUAAGUAAUUUUUUAUUCAAACAUAAGGAUAUAAAACAGACAAACUUAGAUGAUUCCAAGCCAGGAUGACUGAAAUACCAGUGGUAAAUAUUUCUAACAGACUGAUGCCACUGUGAAUUAAGUCAUUGCAAUGCAAGAAAAACUGAAGAAGUGAUGCAGA